GUGCUGCCUGCGGCGGGUUGCAGGAAAGGGUUGUAUGUUUGAUCUGAAGGAGUCUUGGAAGCAAAGAGGGGACACAAGAGGGCUGUGGUUAUGUCUGCUGAUAAGGAAGAAGACGUCUGUAACCAUGUGAAAGUGGUGGUCCGUGUCCGUCCAGAGUCCAAAAAGGAAAAAGAUGGCAACUUCAGCAGAGUUGUUCAUGUUGUUGACCAGCACAUAGUGGUCUUCGAUCCAAAAGAGGAAGAAGUUAGCUUCUUUCAUGGGAAGAGACUGAACAAUAGGGACAUUACUAAAAGAAAACAGAAAGAUCUUAAGUUUGUGUUUGAUGCCGUAUUUGAUGAAAGUUCAUCCCAGCUGGAAGUUUUUGAGCAUACUACCAAAAGCUUAAUUGAUGGUUUCUUAAAUGGAUAUAACUGCACAGUGCUUGCUUAUGGUGCAACGGGAGCUGGAAAGACUCAUACAAUGUUAGGUUCCCCUGAAGAUCCUGGAGUGAUGUAUUUAACCAUGAUGACACUUUAUAACUGCAUGGAGCAAAUGAAAGAGGAGAAAACAUGUAAUGUUGCUGUCUCUUAUUUAGAGGUCUACAAUGAACAGAUCCGUGACCUGCUCGUCAGCUCGGGACCUCUUGCUGUUCGUGAAGAUGCUGAGAAAGGGGUGGUAGUUCAAGGGCUAACUUUACAUCAGCCUAAAUCAGCAGAGGAAAUCCUUCAGAUGUUGGAUUAUGGAAAUAAAAACAGAACGCAGCAUCCCACAGAUGUAAAUGCCUCCUCAUCCCGCUCCCAUGCUGUCUUUCAGAUUUAUCUGAGGCAGCAAGAAAAAACAGCCAGUAUAAAUCAAAAUGUUCGCAUUGCCAAAAUGUCUCUGAUUGACCUGGCAGGAUCUGAACGUGCCAGUGUGACAAAUGCCAAGGGGGCUCGUUUCAGAGAAGGAACAAAUAUUAACCGCUCCCUGCUAGCUCUUGGAAAUGUCAUUAAUGCCUUGGCAGACCCAAAGAGCAAGAAACAGCACAUUCCUUAUAGGAACAGCAAGCUUACCCGCUUGCUGAAAGAUUCUCUUGGAGGAAACUGCCGCACAGUAAUGAUAGCGGCUGUUAGUCCGUCUUCUAUGUUCUAUGAUGAUACAUACAACACUCUUAAGUAUGCAAACCGAGCCAAGGAUAUCAAGUCUUCUUUGAAGAGCAAUGUUGUAAGUGUGGACAGUCACAUAAGCCAGUAUGUUAAAAUUUGCAAUGAACAAAAGAAAGAGAUCCUAAAGCUGAAAGAGAAACUGAGACAAUAUGAAGAAAAGCAAGCUGGCAUUCCUGAAAACCAUGAUGGUGAAGUACUUUCAAAGAAUCAGCAAGCGGAAAUACAAAGAUACAAAGAAACCCUUAAAAGUGUAUUUGCAAACCGUGAGGAAAUCAGAAAAGAAUACCUCAAGUUGGAACUGCAGCUGAAAGAAAAUGCACUGAAGACAUACUACCAGAAACAAUGUCAUGAACAAAUUCAACUGGUGUGCUCUGAAGAAAGAGUAGAAAAGGCCACUUGCAAGCGGGAUCAGAAGCUUGCAAGGCUUCGAACCUGCCACGAACACACACAGAAGAAGAAAGAAGAGGAGAUUGAACAUUUUGAGGAAAAUACCAAUUGGCUGCAUCGUGUUGAAAAUGAAAUGCGUCUCCUGAGUCACGAUGGGUGUAUUCCAAAGGAACUCAGUAAAGAUCUGCAGUGUUGCCAUUUAAACCUAGAAGUUAAGGACCUGAAAGCUCAGAUUGAGCACAUGAUAUUUCUGGUGUCCCUUCAAGAUCAGCAUUAUAAACAGACAGAAAAAGUACUAAAUACUUUGCUUCCAGUUCUUCGCAAGCAAUACCUGACUUUGAAGGAAGCUGGGUUGACAAAUAAUUUAACUGAGACUGAAUUUGGGGAGAUACAACAGUUAAUUCAAAGACAAAAAUCAGUAGUUUGGGCUGACCAGACUGAAGAAAAGGAACAAAAUCAAAAAGAUGAACUAAACUUGCCAGAUAUCUUUACAUUUCCACAACUCGUGAACAGACUGAACACCCCAUGCCGUACAACUUUUGGAACAUCAUCACAAGAAGCGCAACUGGCAGAAUUUGCGGUACCGCCACAGAAGAGAGCCAGGCGGAAGCUGAUGGACUCGCCGGUCACAGCUCAAAGUCCUGCUGUAUCCAAGCCAUCCAGCCUCCAGCAUCUGGACGAUUCCCUCACCAAGGAAGUCCACCCCAUUGUGUAUACACCAGAAUUGUACAGAAAGUCAGUACAAAGCUGCUGCACACAGACUGUGGUAAAGAAAGCUUUACACCUCACAGGCCUUCAAGAAGCCGAUGCAUGUAAUAUAGAUAUGCCAGUGAAAAGGGCAAAAAUUUUGGACUCUACAUGUGACAUAAUCCCAGAGUGCAAUGAAACUGACAUGAACUCUACAGUAAUUCUCAGUGAAGUGACAGGUGAAACAGCUGAAAUGUCUACUGACUCAUCCGUGAAGGACUCGCAGCCAUGCAGCAAUAGCAUUCUGCAAAGACUUGAUCUGUCUUCCUUAAAAAACAAAAAUCUUACUUCAGUAUUUGAGAAGCCCUCAUACAUGUCAAUGACUUCUGCUGCAGAGAGAAAAAGAAAGGUGUUAAGUUCCACAUCAAACACUGGGCUGGGCAGCCUGCAGGACCAUGUUUCUCCAAAGCGCAUUCGUCGAGAGGUCUUGUUAAGCCACAGAGCUUUGCGAGUACCCAAAAUAGUAGGAAUGAAAAUGAGGGACCAGAAGCAAGAACAGGAUGUGCCAAGAAACUUAGUUAGAAGCUUUUCUGCAGGAAAUGGAGCACUGAGUGUUAAUUCAAGGACAUCAAAAAAUCUUUUACUUCAUAAUAAGAAAAAAAAUAGGAUUUAGUUCUGAGUUCAUGAAUGUUUCAAGCAACAUUGAUAGCAAACAAGAAGCGAGUGACUUUUGUUUCUCUCUAGUGAAUUGUUUUGUGUUCAUGAUCUCUCAGUAAUGCACUAUUUCAGAAAAAACCACUUAUUGGAAACACGAGGAUUUUGUUUAAUUCGAAGAUGAGUUCAUUUUAGUCUCCUGUUAAAGCUUACAAGUGUCUUGCAUAUAUGAACAAAUUAAGAAAUUUCAUUUGGACUUGAGGAUGGAGAAGUGCACAGUGGACCUUUGGCCAUAAUCUUUGUGAGCAUUUCCUUGUGUUUAUGACUAAGAAAUUAAGAAGACAAUGCAAGUAUUUAAGGGGAUCAAUGUUGCUGUAAUUUUUAGAUGCUACUGUAAAUUGCUAACCUACAGUCUUAAUUUUCUAAUGAGAAUCUUUUGAUACAAAAGUUAAAAAGAAGUUUUGACCUGCUAAAUUAUUUUCACUGAAACUUCCCAAUGUUAAAGUUGUUUUUCAUUUGGAAGUAAGUCAAAUAGAUGUUAAUAACAAAAUGCAUUCAUGCUUAGCAUUAAGAUACCAGUUUAUUCUUAGCUGUGUUAUUUUGGAUAGAUAUUACCAAUGCAGUACCAGGAGACAGAAAAAUAUUUACAUUAAGUAUUUCA